AUGGGGGAGGAAAGAUUAGCUGGAAUUCCAACUUCCUGUGUUGGUAGCAAGCAUAUGUUGAACAGCCUGGAGAGAGCUUGGACUGUAGCAGUAUUUAAUAAGCACGUGUCCUUUAAGGAGUGGAGUCUAUUGGGAAAAGCAGAAGAGACCAGGCCCCCUGUAACAGCUCUCUCCUGUCUCUCUGAUUUUCAGAACAACCAAGUCCUUGGCAUCGGCAGCGGCUCCACGAUUGUGCACGCGGUGCAUCGUUUAGCUGAGCGGGUUAAAGAAGAGAACCUCUCAAUUGUGUGCAUCCCUACGUCUUUCCAGGCCCGCCAGCUGAUCCUGCAGAACGGCUUAACGCUGAGUGACUUGGACCGACACCCAGAGCUUGACGUGGCCAUUGAUGGUGCAGACGAAGUGGACUGUGAUCUCAACCUUAUCAAAGGUGGCGGUGGUUGCUUGACGCAGGAGAAGAUAGUUGCAGGAUAUGCAAAAUGCUUCAUCGUUAUUGCUGAUUACAGGAAAAAAUCCAAGAGCCUUGGGGAGCAGUGGAAGAAGGGAAUUCCUAUUGAAGUCAUCCCCAUGGCCUAUGUCCCCGUCACUAGAACCCUGACCAAAAACUUCGGAGGCGCCGCUGAGCUGCGUAUGGCCGUUAGCAAAGCCGGCCCCGUGGUGACGGACAACGGGAACUUCAUCCUGGACUGGAAGUUUGACACGGUUCAUAAAUGGAGUGAAGUGAACACAGCUAUAAAAAUGAUACCAGGUGUGGUGGAGACGGGGCUCUUCAUCGACAUGGCCGAGGUGGUUUACUUCGGCAUGCAGGACGGCUCGGUCAGCGUGCGGGAGCGGGAGCCGCGCUGA